AUGAAAACUUUAUUCGUGGAAAGGGAAGUUGUCUUUUACAUAGAAAUCAUUGGCGAUCCAAUAUUCGAUGUUUAUGAAGAUGAAGGUAAGAUUCAAGACGAAGGCAAUGAGUUUGAGGUUAAAGGGGGAGAUAUCGUUCCAGAGUUUUCGAUUAAGGUCAAAUCAAAGUUCAAGAAAUCUAUCAGGAAUAGCCUUGAGUAUGAGAAAGGAGCCAGUGACUUUGUGUGUUCUUCAUCGAGCCGUUUAGGUGUUCCAGCUGAAAUGUUCUGCCCUUGUGUUGAUUGCCGCAAUGUCUGCCAUCAGUCUAGUGAUACAGUUUUCGAGCAUCUUGUGAUUAGAGGGAUGGAUCCGAAGUACAAGAUUUGUAAAUUCUGGUCUAAACACGGAGAUAUAAGGCCUGAUAAGCCAUGUGAUAUCAACUCGUCUGAGAAUGAGGCGUAUGAGUUGUUUAGAACAACUUUCAUGGCAAGUGAAGACCAUCAGUCAGCUCAGCAGGAGAGUGCAGAGGCGUUUGCGGGUAUUGACAGACCAGAAGAAGCUGAGUUCAGAAAAAAAUUGGAGGAUGCAGAAACUCCGUUGUACUCUCAGUGUGCUAAAUACACGAAGGUUGCUGCGAUCAUGGGACUCUACAGGAUUAAGGUCCAAAGUGGGAUGUCUGAGAGCUAUUUUGAUCAGUUAUUGGCGUUAAUUCAUGACAUGCUUCCGAAGGAGAAUGUGCUACCUAAGUCUACAGAUGAGGUUAAGAAAUUUCUGAAACAGUUUGGGUUUGGGUAUGAUGUCAUCCACGCCUGCAAGAACGACUGUAUCUUGUACAGGAAGAAGUAUGAGGAUUCGGUCAGCUGUCCAAGAUGCAGUGAAUCAAGAUGGGAGAAGGAUAAGCAUACUGGUGAAGAGAAGAAAGGGAUUCCGGCUAAGGUACUUAGGUAUUUUCCGAUAAAAGACAGGUUCAGAAGAAUGUUUAGAUCAAAGCGUUUGGCGGAGGACUUGUGUUGGCAUUCCUCAAAUGCUUCUACCGAUGGAACUAUGCGACAUCCAGUGGAUUCAGUGACUUGGGGUCAGAUUAACAGCAAAUGGCCGGAGUUUGCUGCUGAAGCAAGAAACCUAAGACUAGGUAUCUCUACUGAUGGCAUGAAUCCGUUCUCCAUCCAGAACACCAAGUAUAGCACAUGGCAUGUUCUCUUAGUCAACUACAACAUGGGUCCGACUCAGUGCAUGAAAUCCGAGAACAUUAUGUUGACAAUGUUGAUACCUGGCCCAACCGCACCAAGCAACAACAUUGACGUCUAUCUCCAGCCACUGAUAGAGGACCUGAAGAGUUUGUGGACAGAAGGUAUGGCAGUGUAUGAUUCGUUUAAGAAGGAGAGUUUCAAUCUUAGAGCUAUGUUGAUGUGGAGUAUCACCGACUAUCCUGGUUUAGGUACAUUAGCUGGCUGUAAAGUGAAGGGGAAGCAAGCCUGUAAUGUCUGUGGCAAGGAUACACCGCAUAGGUGGCUAAAGUUUAGUCGCAAACACGUGUACAUGGGGAACAUGAAGCGUCUCAUGCCUAAUCAUCCUUAUAGAAGAAGGAAAAGAUGGUUUGACAACACGGUGGAGCUUGGUACUGCAAAUAGGAUUCAGAGUGGUGCUGAAAUCUGUGAUAGUCUUAGGGAUUUUAAAAACGACUUUGGGAAAAAGUUAAGUAAGAAGAGUAAGCGAAAAAGGACAACAGGAGAUGAGGAUGAUGUUGUUUCAGCUGACGAGUACGAAGAAGAUGAUGAUCUCUGGCGGUGGAAGAAAAAAAUCAAUUUUCUUUGA